UUAGCUAACGCUCCCAUUUGUGAAUACAGUAUGAACUCCAGCAUGAACUUUGGAACAGUAUGAAUUCAGUAGUUACAGACAGUCACAUGGUCGAUGUUUAAUGUUUUCCUCUCUGAGCAAUAUUUUCAUGCGUCAUGCCUAAUUGAUAACCGCGUUUUGCUGUCAAAACGCUUACGGGCUUCCGUACUGCUGUGACUGCUGCUAUUUGGCAUCAGGCAGCCGGUGAAACGCAGCAUUAAAUUCUUUCAGUGAAACCUUUUCGAAAAAAAAUAAUGAGUCGAAGUUACAACGAUGAGCUGCAGUAUCUGGAUAAGAUCAGCAGUAACUGCUGGAGGAUCAAAAAGGGUUUUGUUCCCAACAUGCAGGUUGAAGGAAACUUCUAUGUGAACGACUCGCUGGAGAAGCUGAUGUUUGAGGAGCUUCGUAACGCCUGUCGGGGAGGAGGUGUGGGUGGAUUCCUUCCGGCCAUGAAGCAGAUUGGGAACGUGGCAGCGCUGCCGGGCAUCGUACACAGGUCCAUCGGUCUCCCAGACGUUCACUCUGGAUAUGGAUUUGCCAUCGGAAACAUGGCGGCCUUCGACAUGAACAACCCGGAUGCUGUGGUGUCUCCAGGCGGCGUUGGCUUUGACAUAAACUGUGGCGUCCGUCUGCUGAGGACCAACCUGGACGAGGGGGACGUGCAGCCGGUGAAGGAGCAGCUGGCCCAGUCGCUGUUCGACCACAUCCCAGUGGGAGUCGGAUCCAAGGGAGUCAUCCCCAUGGGAGCCAAGGACCUGGAGGAGGCUCUGGAGAUGGGGGUGGACUGGUCUCUGAGGGAGGGUUACGCCUGGGCCGAGGACAAAGAGCACUGCGAGGAGUACGGCAGGAUGCUGCAGGCGGACCCCAACAAAGUCUCGUCCAAGGCCAAGAAAAGGGGCCUGCCGCAGCUGGGGACUCUGGGAGCAGGAAACCACUACGCUGAGAUCCAGGUGGUGGACGAGAUCUACAACGACUACGCCGCCAAGAAGAUGGGCAUCGACCACAAAGGUCAGGUGUGUGUGAUGAUCCACAGCGGCAGCAGAGGCCUCGGACACCAGGUGGCGACAGAUGCUCUGGUUGCCAUGGAGAAGGCCAUGAAAAGAGAUAAGAUCACGGUGAACGACCGUCAGCUGGCCUGCGCUCGCAUCACGUCACAGGAAGGACAGGACUACCUGAAGGGGAUGGCCGCGGCAGGAAACUACGCCUGGGUGAACCGCUCGUCCAUGACCUUCCUCACCAGACAGGCCUUUUCCAAAGUGUUCGGCACGACGCCGGACGACCUGGACAUGCACGUCAUCUACGACGUUUCCCACAACAUUGCCAAAGUGGAGGAGCACAUGGUGGACGGGAAGCAGAGGACUCUGCUGGUCCACCGCAAAGGAUCCACCCGAGCUUUCCCCCCGCACCACCCCCUCAUCCCCGUAGACUACCAGCUCACAGGUCAGCCGGUGCUGAUCGGGGGGACGAUGGGAACCUGCAGCUACGUCCUCACAGGGACCGAACAAGGCAUGACGGAGACAUUCGGCACCACGUGUCACGGAGCGGGUCGCGCUCUGUCCCGGGCGAAGUCUCGCAGGAACCUGGACUUCCAGGACGUCCUGGACAAACUGGCCGACAUGGGCAUCGCCAUCCGAGUGGCUUCGCCCAAACUGGUCAUGGAGGAGGCUCCUGAAUCGUACAAAAAUGUGACGGACGUCGUGAACACGUGUCACGACGCUGGAAUCAGUAAGAAGGCGAUCAAACUGAGGCCGAUCGCCGUGAUCAAAGGCUGAAGCUGCUCGAGCUCACACACGAAGGACGUCACGAGCAUGAAAACACAAGAGACUGUUCCGGGGCAGAAGAUACUCGUGGUUUUUUGUUUGUUUUGCUAUGAAAUGACUUUACGUUGAACAAACAGAAGAGAUAAAAAGUGAAGAGAAUUAGUUUGCAAAUUUAAUUUCCUGAGAAAACUUUUUUUGUGUGUGCGUUCCUGCCAAAUCUGUGAUGGAAAUAAAAAAGUGACCUC